CCCAUGCCAACCACCUGUCGCCCAUAAAUCAAAAUUUCCACACUUUCCGUCAUUCUAGCCGCGCCACCAACCACCUGUCAAAACUGUCAAAUCCGUCAAAAAACGUUCCACCAUUCUAACCAAACUUGACAUGGAUUGAAAUCGGAAAUAUGGCAGAAAAACUGGGUUUGGGCAGUGAAGUGAGGCAGCUGAAGAUCGGCCAGAGUUUUACGAACCCGAAAUCGACGGCUUUCCACUCUAUUAAAUAUGAUUUCAAGCCCGCGUCCGUCGACACGAACAAAAUCGCCACCGUGGACGUUGGUAAUAAUCACCAGGUUACAGUUACCGUACCUCAUUUAGAUGGUGCAGGGGUGCCCCAAACAGUAUUCAAAGGUUCGCAACGGCCCUACCAGAAAGAGUGCGUGCUUAUCAUAGAUCGGGCCACCGGAGAAAUUACGUUAGAGAAAUUAACUUGUAAUAUUCAAGUGAAAAAGACGAGAAGUGAGUCUGCCAAAUUGCCACUGCCUCAAGAGAGGCUAGGCCAAGUCAACGAUAGGUCCGGAACGACGUCCAACCUUUCGUCUCGGUCGCAAACGCCCCCAAUCGGGCAGCGCAUCUCCCACAAGACGAAAGUGACCAGCGGCAGUCGCCGGCCCGACCGACCCAUCACCCAUUUGGUGCCAAAACAUUCGCCGUUACACGCGAGCCCCAGUUACCCUUCACCCAACCACCACAAAAGCCCCAAACGCGACACGCACACCAACGAAACACACAACCCGAGCACCCUGGCCAGCCUGCCCAUGAUCGGCAUCGACGACUUCGACGCGCCCCAGCAGAGCUCGCUGCCGCCGAGCUCCACCACCCAGCCCAACCCCACCGACAAGUCGCCGUCCAUGUUCCCGCUGUCCGACACCGAGGCCGGCGUGGGCGAGAUGAGCGACUCCUCCUCCUCGAGCAGCGACAGCGACUCGGACAGCGACCCGGACAACACCGUCGUCAACAAAUUCAGCAAAACGAACGGCCACCACAGCAACGGCACGGCGGCGGCGGCGUCGACGAAGAUAAACACGCAUUUGUUAACCGAAGACCUGUGUUUGUCGGAGUCGGGCUCGGACUCGGACUGAUGUCGAAUGGCGAUCGUCAUAUGGUAAUACCGAUAAUUAAAAUAUUUGUUACAUGAAAUAUUCUAUUAUGUAUGAUAUUGAUACAAAUACAUACUGCAAACUUGA